GCGACGUGAGUGGGCCGAGUCCGGGGAGCUGAGGCGGGAGGGACAGCGCGGUCGCCGCGGAGAGGCGUGCCUUAGUGCCGAUGGCUUCGUGGGGAGGGGUGCUGCGAGUGGUUGGAUGAACGCCCAAGGGCAAGGCCCGGCCGCCCGAGGGGCCUGAUGAAGGAGAUGUUGUCUGACCUGCUGAGUGUUUGCAGCAAUUUUUGUUUUGAUUAUUAAUGGACAGGAAUUGAUUAUUUCACCAGAGGCAGUCUGAAAAUCUGUCAGGAUCAUGUGGCUAAUGGAAAAUAGUAUCACUGACUCAGAGGGAUAAACACCUGCACUACAUGGAUACUGAAGCUCGCAACCAAUCAAAGGACCUUGUCUUACCUGGGACUAAGCAGGAUUUGACGCAACAGAUCUCUUAUGUAGGACCGACUAAGUACUAUAUCUGUGGCUAUUUUGCAGCAUUCACUAACAUUGCGAUCACUUUCCCUAUACAGAAGGUGUUGUUUCGGCAGCAGCUAUAUGGACUAACGACAUUGGAUGCUAUUCGCCAGUUAAAGCAGGAUGGCUUUCGCAUUCUAUACCGAGGUAUUCUGCCUCCACUCCUCCAAAAGACAACAACUGUGGCAUUGAUGUUUGGUUUGUAUGAAGAUUUAUCAUGCCUCUUGAAGAGAACAACUAAUGCCCCAGAACUUCUGACCCGUACUGUUUCUGCAGUAUUGGCAGGGACUGCAGAGGCUGUGCUGACACCAUUUGAGAGAGUGCAGGCAUUGCUACAAGAUCGCCGACAUCAUACCCGGUUCACAAAUACUUUUGAUGCCUUUAAAGCUUUGAAAGUCCAUGGUUUUGGGGAGUAUUACAGAGGACUUGUACCAAUUCUGCUCCGCAAUGGACCAAGUAAUGCAUUGUUCUUUGGCUUGCGAGGGCCUGUCAAAGAAUCUCUACCAGAAGCUACUACGUACAGUACUAAUGUGCUCAAUGACUUCAUCUGUGGGGGCUUUUUGGGGUCCGUACUUGGAAUAAUAUUUUUCCCAAUUAAUGUGGUGAAAGCACGCAUGCAGACACAAGUUGGAGGAGAAUUUCAAUCUUUUACAAAAGUCUUCAUGAAAAUUUGGAGAGAAAGGGAUGGUAAACUGUCAAACGUAAUGCGAGGAGUGCACCUCAACUAUCAUCGGUCAAUUUUAUCAUGGGGUAUAAUCAAUGCAACCUAUGAAAUUUUGCUUAAAUUGAUCUGAGAGAAUUUUUCAAAAUUUGAUCCCUGACUGGAGCAAUAGUUUGAGCUCCAUAUAUCAUUUCUGGUAUCUGCUAUAUCUACACCCAUCAAAUUCACUUCACCUAGCUUGUUUAAUGCAAGGAGAGUUCAGCUUAAAGAGAUCCGGUGUUUAGUGACCCAAUUUGAGAAUAUUUUGGAGUUCCUGGCUUCAUUUUCUAUUGAAAUAGAGGGGAUAGUAUAAGUCACAAACCAGGAGUUAGAUUCAAAUGAUUAUUCCAUCAAACCUACCUCAGAGAGGAUGGUCCUUAUCUCUUGAGCAGACAGAAAUAAUUUUUUUUGUCUUUAUACUUUGUUUAGCUGACAACUUCUGUAUCAAUUUAAAAUUUGCAUUAUGAUCCAAAACUUUUGUCCAAUUCUACAAGAGACCUUUUUUAAAGUGUUUUUUUCCCUCAAACUUAAGAGAUGUUAUAAUUACUAUUUUUUUUACUCUUGAUACAUUGGGGUGAGGUACAUGCUUUGACUUGCCUUUAACGUGGCUUAUGCAGUAGACCAUUGAAGAAUUUGGGGUAAUGUUGUUGCAUUAUUUUUAGCUACCUUGCGAUAAUUGGAAAAGUUCCUGGUCUGUAUGCCCUGUUACCAGCCUCUGUGUCCAUGCUGUUGUUGCUACUAUUGUUUAUCACUUCGCUGAUACAAACAGACCACUAUCCUUAGCAUAUCAUUCUUCAUUAGAUUAAGCAUUCAAGAACAAAGUGCCCUGUGGGUAAUUAAUUGCUUUGAAUUAUUUUAGCAUAACAGAGGACGCUUCUGCAAUGCACCCCUUGUUGACUUAUCCUAUGUAUAUAUGCAUUACAUUUUUAUCUUGUUCAGUAAUCAAUUUUUUUGCACUUUUGUUGAAACUUGUAUAUUAAACUGGCUAUGGGUACUGUAUGGUUACUUCAA